AUGGUCCAAAGCGAUAUGUCCAAGUCGCCUCCCAUCCCGGCGGUGGCGGCAGCAGCGGUGGCGCAGGAGAUCCAGAUGGACCUGCUGGAUAAUCCCUUGCCUGCGGCGCCGCUGGGAGCUGCAGCACAGGCUUAUGGAAAAGGAGCCAGAAGAAAAAAUAGAUUCAAAGGAUCUGAUGGAAGCACCUCAUCUGAUACUACCUCAAAUAGUUUUGUUCGCCAGGGUUCGGCAGACUCCUACACUAGCCGUCCAUCUGAUUCAGAUGUCUCUCUGGAGGAAGACAGGGAAGCAGUGCGGAGAGAGGCGGAGAGACAGGCCCAGGCCCAGCUGGAAAAAGCCAAGACAAAACCUGUUGCGUUUGCAGUGCGGACCAAUGUCAGCUACAGCGCAGCCCAUGAGGAUGACGUCCCAGUACCAGGCAUGGCCAUCUCGUUCGAAGCAAAAGAUUUUCUGCAUGUUAAGGAAAAAUUUAACAAUGACUGGUGGAUAGGGCGGUUGGUAAAAGAAGGCUGUGAAAUAGGAUUCAUCCCAAGUCCAGUCAAACUAGAAAACAUGAGGCUUCAGCACGAGCAGAGAGCCAAGCAAGGAAAAUUCUACUCCAGUAAAUCAGGAGGAAAUUCAUCAUCCAGUUUGGGUGACAUAGUACCUAGUUCCAGAAAAUCUACGCCUCCAUCAUCUGCUAUAGACAUAGAUGCUACUGGCUUAGAUGCAGAAGAAAAUGAUAUUCCAGCCAACCACCGCUCCCCUAAGCCCAGUGCAAACAGUGUAACGUCACCCCACUCCAAAGAGAAACGAAUGCCCUUCUUUAAGAAGACAGAGCACAUUCCUCCUUAUGAUGUGGUGCCUUCUAUGCGACCGGUAGUGUUAGUGGGACCUUCUCUGAAGGGCUAUGAGGUGACAGAUAUGAUGCAGAAAGCACUGUUUGAUUUUUUAAAACACAGAUUUGAAGGGCGGAUAUCUAUCACAAGGGUCACGGCUGACAUCUCGCUUGCCAAACGCUCAGUAUUAAACAAUCCUAGUAAACAUGCGAUAAUAGAACGGUCCAACACAAGGUCAAGCUUAGCUGAAGUUCAGAGUGAGAUUGAAAGGAUAUUUGAACUGGCAAGGACUUUGCAGUUGGUAGUCCUGGAUGCAGACACCAUCAAUCAUCCAGCCCAGCUCAGUAAAACCUCUCUGGCUCCAAUUAUAGUCUACGUAAAGAUUUCUUCUCCUAAGGUUUUGCAGAGGCUAAUAAAAUCUCGAGGAAAAUCUCAAGCAAAACACCUCAAUGUCCAGAUGGUGGCAGCUGAUAAACUGGCUCAGUGUCCACCAGAAUUGUUUGAUGUGAUCCUAGAUGAAAACCAGCUUGAAGAUGCCUGUGAACACCUUGCUGACUACAUGGAGGCUUACUGGAAGGCCACACAUCCUCCUAGCAGCAAUCCACCCAACCCUCUCCUGAGUCGAACUCUAGCCACGGCAUCUCUUCCUGUCAGCUCCACGCCAGCCUCCAAUUCACAGGGUUCUCAAGACCAGAGGAAUGACUAUUCUGCUCCCACCCGCUCUGCCUCCCAAGCUGAAGAGGAGCCCUGUCUUGAGCCCGUCCGGAAAUCCCAACACCGGUCCUCGUCCUCCGCGCAGCACCACAACCAUCGGAGUGGUCCGAGCAGAGGUCUCUCCAGGCAGGAGACGUUUGACUCGGAAACCCAAGACAGUCGAGACUCAGCCUACGUUGAGCCAAAGGAAGAUUACUCCCACGAGCACGGCCACGGCGGCGACCACUACGCCCCUCACCGGGAUCACAACCACAGGGAAGACCUGCACGGGAGCAGCGACCACAGACACAGGGAAUCUCGGCACCGCUCUAGGGAAGCCGACCGAGAGCAGGACCACAACGAAUGCCACAAGCAGCGCAGCCGACAUAAAUCAAAAGAUCGAUACUGUGACAAGGAUGGAGAAGUGAUAUCCAAAAAACGGAAUGAGGCUGGGGACUGGAACAGGGAUGUUUACAUCCGACAGUAACUUGAGCCUUUGAGACAUUUUGUUUGUUUUCUCGGAAGUCUUGUAUGACAGCCACUCUUUCCCCCCCAGGAAAAAAAAAAAAAAACAACACACAAAAACACAACCUCACAAAAUAUUUUGGUCCUCCAUUACAAAUUCAAUGGUAUCUGCCCAUCUUGUACAGUUUGUACUGCUGUUGCUUGCAGAGCAACAGCAUGAGAUAGAAUAUUCACGUACGUUUUUUAUUAUUAUUUUUGGAAGUGCUCUAUUGACUCCGCUGGUACAGUCGCAGGCUUCUGGUGUCCUACUUGACUUUUACAAAGCUGGUUUUUUGGUAGCUGCCCCUUGAACAAUAUCUAUUGCCCAUCACCCGGUGGCGUUAGUGUUUUAAACAAGUUAGAGGCGAUGCAUACUAAUCUCCUUUGUAUCCAGCAAGCCAGAGUCAGCCCAGACAACAAACAAAAUUGUAUUUUCUCCCAAUUGGCAUCUUCAUCCAAGGACCACUAUCUGUUGCUCGUACCUCUGGUUGACUAAAUUUGGGGGACAGAUUCAGUCUUGCCUUACACAAAGGGGAUCAUAAAGUGAGAAUCUAUUUUCUAUGUACUGGUACUGUGUACUGUAUAUACAGUUUGUAAAUGUUCUUUCUGUAAACACCUUCUUCUUAUAUCAGUUUGAUCACACUAUUUUAAGAGUCCUAAUGCCAAGUCAGCAGAUUUGCUUUUGAAUUACAGGGACUGGAAAUCCCCUCAAUUCAGGAAAUUUGCAACAUCAUUUAGUCUUGAUACUUUUCCCCUCUCCAGUAGAAAGUCUCCUGUACAUAAUGUAAAUAGGUGUGAUUGCUUGAGAUAAAGGAAGGUUUCAUUCAAGAAUGCCAUGCCGUCCUUAAAAGCUUAUCAUUCUGAUCAGAAGGUAUGGUAAAACUCUAGAAAUUGUUCUUAUCCAUAGGAUUCACACUGAUUGUAACAAACACAUUCUUAGUAGUUAGUGUCUGUUAGAGUCACAGCACUGGAGCAUAUGAGCCAGAAAUCUUUGCAUGGAGGGUGUGCGUGAGUGUGCGUGCAUGUGUGCGUGUGCGUGUGUGUGUUACAAUGAGUGUGAGAGGGUGACAUAAUGAAUUUGAAUGCAAAAAAAAAAAGAGUCUGUUGAAGAAAAAAAUAGAGGCCGAUACUUAAAAUUCUGCCCAAUUGGAUUUCUAUUUUGUCGUGCUCUAUGUUAGUUUAAUAAUCCAAUGUGCAGUCAGGGAACUUGAGGAAGUUUGCUGCCAAAGGUAAAUGGGAAAGCAUAAUCUGCUGGCUCUUUUUGUGAGACUCCCAGAGAGUAAAAACACAGGCACUUGUUACUGUGAGUGUUUCACUGGAAAUGGUACAAUCUUUGUGUUUUAUAGUACUUGUUUUAGGAAGAAAAGUUUACACAGCUUGUGGAAUUAUUUUGUGGGAAAAUA